AUGCCGCAGGAGUGGAAGGAUGCCAUCAUUAAGGUGCUGUACAAGAAGGGUGACCGUUCGAACUGCAACAACUACAGGGGCAUCUCGCUGCUCUCGCAUGUAGGCAAAGUACUCGCCAAGACCAUCACCAACCGCCUCAGCGCAUUCUGCGAAGCCAACGAAAUCCUCCCGGAGGAACAGUGCGGGUUCCGGCCUGGCCGAUCCACGGUAUGCAUGCUGUUCGUUGUGCGCCGACUCCAGGAGCUGGGGCGGAGGAGGAGAAUCCCGCUCUACAUGUGCUUCAUCGAUCUGCAGAAGGCAUAUGACUCGGUGGACCGGGAGCUACUGUGGAAGGUGCUGGCCCGGGCCGGGAUCCCCGGGGAGAUGAUCG